AUGCCAACCUUCCCUUCUAUGGACUCGUAUGGACAAAAGCAAAGCUGUGAAACCGGAAGGUUCCUUUCCAAGACUCCGUGGGAGACGCUGAAGGCAGCAACCAGUUCCAUCUCCUCCUUGGGGCGGCGCAGUCGCUGGCGUGAAGCUGUCGAGUCUGUGGGCCAGCUGCAGCCAAACAACGUUCAGCCAGAUGCAGCCGUCUUCAAUGCCGGCAUCACCGCGCUGGGCCGCGUGGCUGCAUCAUGGCUGAAGGCCUUGCUGCUGGCACAGCAGCUCUUCGCCAGCGUGCGGCCCAGUCGCUACAGCUGCAACGCUGCAAGCAGCGCGGCCAGCAGCGGCUGCUGGCCGCUGGCGUUACAGCUGCAGCUGGUGGGAAGCUGCUGUGCUUUGGAGCGCGACGUCGUGGCAUGGGGAACUGAGGUCAGGAUCCAGGAGAGGGUGGGAAGAUGGCAGAAUGCAGUCGAAUUGCUGGGAGAAGCUGAGAAGUUUGGGGUGAAGAUGGAGAUUAUCACCUGCAAUACAGUGCUGAGCAGCUGUCAAAGGGAAGCUGAAUGGCAGAAGUGCUUUGACUUAGUGCGGCUGAUGUGCGCCACGCCAAUGUCAGUGGACAUCAUUUCUUGGAGCACCAGCAUCAACGCCUUGGGAGUGCCAUUGCGCUGGAAGCUGGCGUUGUCGGUGACCAGCGGCCUUGGGCAAGAUGCGCCCAACUCCUUCACCUACUGUGCCCUGUUCAGUGCUUGCGAAAAGGCUGCUGCUGCUGCUUGGCGGAUCGCCUUGGAAGGGCUGCAGCUGUUGCCCUGCAGGCGCCUGAUGCCCGAGACGAUUCUGGGCAAUGCCGUGUUGAGCGCUUGUGGCAAGGCUGGCAAGUGGAUCAGUGCCACAUCGCUGCUGGCUGACUCUGGUGACUGUUCGUGGAAGAAUGAUGUGUCUGUCAAUGCAGUUCUUGGUGGUUUUGGCAGCGAGGAUUGUGUGGGUCUCUGGCGCAGCGGGGAAAUUCUCUUUCAAUCGAUGCGGGCAGAAGGCCUGAAGUCCAAUCUUAUUUCAUGCAAUUCGUUGAUGACGAUCUUUGAGAAGAACGGGGAAUGGAGACAUGCACAAAACAUGCUGGCCACAGGGCUCAGCUGCUUUGGUGUAACUGAAGAUGCUGUGACUUUCAAUGCCAUGUUGAGUGCCUAUGGAAAGGGGUACCAAUGGAGAUGCGCACAGUGGCAGCUGGCCUGUCUGGUGAAAUCCCAUCCCAAAAUGGUAUCUGUGGUGACUUUGAGUGCCUGCAUCAGUGCUUAUGGGGUUGCGGCAGCUUGGGAACGAGCUGUACACCUCUACAACAACUUGGUGGAUUUUGGCACCCAACCAAAUUCAGUGACCUGUGGGGCCGCAUUGGGUGCAUGCGAAAGGGGCCGCAGCUGGAGUCUGGCGCUGGGAUUGGCUGAAACCUCGGCCAGCUUAGCUCUGGGUCCGGUGGAACUGAAUGCAGCUCUCACUGCCUGCAGUUCCAGCCACGUGACGGACCGAGCUUUGAACUUUGCACGGCAAGCCGUCGCCAAGCACAGGCUGCAAGUGGAUGUGGUGACGUGCAACACAAUUUUGAGUCUGUGUAGCCAUGAAGGCCUUUGGCUUCAAUCCAUCCAGUUGCUGCAGGGUGGCAGCAUGGGCUUGGACUUCCGUAACCUUCAGCCCGACAUAUUGAGCUUUGGCGCAGCCUUGGCUUCAUGUGCAGUGGCGGGAAGGCCAUUUGAGGCCAUGGAUUUGCUCAUGGAUGCGGCGGCAUCUCGCAUCAUCCUGGACACCGUAGCAGUGACCAAUGCAGUCAGCGCCUGUCAUAGGAGAAAUCUUUGGCAGCAAGUUUUAUACCUAGCAUCUGGAACGGCUAGUGAUGCAGCUCUGCUCCAAGUAUCUUUGGACUCAGCUGACAUUGCUGGCUGCCAAGUUGCCUGUGUGGAAUUCUUGGAUGCACUUGCGUCCGAAGGGACUGAAGCCAUGGGGGUUCUGACUGAGGGCGAAAAGAGAUGGAGGAAGGUUGCAGUUGGUACUUGCAAGACACCGGUCUUUGGCCAGAUGCUGAGUCCUGUGGUGAAGAGUGUCCCAACAUUUGGGGCGCUGCAAAUUCAGAAUUCAUUCUUCUCGUCGGAGCAGACCGUUGGACCAGUUUGGCUGGAUUUUGGGGUCCCAGAUCAGAUCUUUGGAACUUUUCCAUGA